GGCCCAGAAGGAGAGAGACGUUGAAAGCAAACUGAGAAGCGUAGUGGACGAAUGGCAGAAUCGAAGACUGGAGUUUUCAUCCUUCAAAAACAGAGGAGAACUGGUGCUGCGCGGAGACGCGGCUGCCGAAAUUGUUUCGCUUCUGGAAGAUAGUCUCACUGCCAUCAACUCUCUCUUCACCAACAGGUAUAAUGCUCCUUUCCGUUCGGACAUCCGGCGAUGGAUGACACUUUUGUCGACGGCUAACGAGGUGAUGGAGAGGUGGUUGUUAGUUCAGAAUCUCUGGAUCUAUUUGGAAGCGGUGUUCGUAGGAGGAGAUAUCGCUCAACAGCUACCAAAGGAAGCCGAAAGGUUUUCCGCGGCCGACCGAUCCUGGGUCAAGAUGAUGGAUCGCGCUCGCUUGUGUCCGGACGUCAUCAACUGUUGCUCCGGCGACGAUAUGCCCAAGAGACUUCUGCCUCACCUGCAAGAGCAACUGGAGCUGUGUCAGAAAUCCCUGACGGGAUACUUGGAAAAGAAGAGGCUGAGGUUUCCCAGGUUCUUUUUCGUGUCGGAUCCCGUUCUUUUGGAGAUUCUUGGUCGAGCCGGUGAUUCUCAUUCCGUCGAACCACACUUGCUUUCUCUCUUCGAUAACACCCGGCGCCUGAUCUUCGACCAGGCUUGCUACGAUCUGGUGACUUACGUCGUCUCUUCCGAGGGAGAAAGCUUCCGGUUAGACCAACCCGUCUUGGCGGCAGGAAACGUGGAAGAAUGGUUGACCAAGUUGUUGCUGACUUCGCGCAGAUCCUUACACGGAAUUAUUAAGAGGGCGGCUGAUUCCGUCUUUGGCGGAGGCGUCAAAAUUAUGGACUUCUUGCGGAUGAAUUUGGCUCAGGUUGCGCUAUUGGGUUUACAAUUAGUAUGGACGAGAGAAGCUGAAAUUUCUUUAAGUAACGCCGGAAAGAAUCGGAAGAUAAUGAAAGAUACUAACCAACUAUUCCUGAAAUUAUUGAAUGCUCUGAUUGGACACACCACGAAAAACUUAUCUGGAGUAGAGAGAACGAAAUACGAGAAUUUAAUUGUUAUUCACGUUCACCAGAGGGAUAUCUUCGACAGAUUGUGCGUUUUGAAGAUAGAUUCGCCUUACGACUUCGAGUGGCAGCGUCAGUGUCGAUUUUACUUCAGAGCUCACGUGGAUAAAACUGUCAUCUCCGUCACCGAUGUCGAUUUCGUUUAUCAGAACGAGUUUUUGGGUUGCACGGAACGUCUGGUGGUCACUCCUUUGACCGACAGGUGUUACAUUACCUUAGCUCAAGCCCUGAAUUUGAAUAUGGGAGGGUGUCCUACCGGCCCGGCCGGAACGGGAAAAACUGAAACUACCAAAGACAUGGGAAAAACGUUGGGCAAAUAUGUUGUAGUGUUUAAUUGUUCGGAUCAAAUGGAUUACAGAGGUUUGGGAAGAAUUUUUAAAGGCUUAGCACAAUCGGGAUCCUGGGGAUGUUUCGACGAAUUUAACCGAAUAGAAUUACCGGUGUUAUCCGUGGCGGCUCAACAAAUCGCUAUUAUUCUGACUUGCAAGAAAGAAAGAAUGUCCGAGUUUAUCUUUUCCGAUGGAGAUGUCGUUUCCAUGAAUCCAGAAUUCGGAAUUUUUAUUACCAUGAAUCCAGAUUACGCCGGUCGACAACAACUUCCCGAAAAUCUAAAGAUUCAAUUUCGAUCGGUAGCCAUGAUGGUCCCAGAUAGACAGAUCAUUAUAAGAGUUAAAUUGGCCAGCUGCGGAUUUUUAGAGAACGUCGCUUUAGCUAGAAAGUUUCAUUGUCUCUAUAACAUAUGCGAGGAACAGCUAACUAAACAGAUUCAUUACGAUUUUGGUCUGCGUAAUAUUCUAUCAGUGUUACGAACGUUGGGUGUCGUUAAAAGACAGAAUCCGCAAGAUUCCGAAAGCAGCAUCGUUAUGAGAGUUCUAAAAAACAUGAAUCUAUCGAAAUUGGUGGAUGAAGACGAACCCCUAUUUUUGUCUCUGAUAGAAGAUUUGUUCCCGGCAGUAGACCAAGAUAACGAAGGUUAUUCCCAAUUAGAUUCUCGGAUUAGAGAAGAAAUCGAAGCGGCUGGGCUAACCGAUCACACGCCUUGGACUGCCAAAAUCAUCCAGUUAUACGAGACUUCCGAAGUCAGACACGGAAUAAUGAUUUUGGGACCGGCAGGAGCUGGGAAGACCUCGUGCAUUAGAAUCCUGGCGAAAGCUCUCGGAACGAUCGACCGGUCGGUGAAAGAGGUGAGACUCAACCCCAAAGCCAUGACUGCUGCUCAGAUGUUCGGUCGUCUGGACGUCGCAACCAACGACUGGACCGACGGAAUCUUCUCGGCUCUCUGGAGGAAAACCCUGAAGGCUAAGAAAGGAGAACGAACCUGGUUGGUGUUAGACGGACCAAUAGAUCCGGUGUGGAUUGAAAAUCUCAACUCGGUCCUGGAUGAUAACAGAACUCUAACUUUGGCUAAUGGCGACAGAAUACCCAUGGUGGAAACCUGUAAAGUCCUGUUCGAAGUGGACCGCGUGGAUAACGCUUCUCCCGCCACCGUUUCCAGGAAUGGAAUGGUCUACGUCAGUUCUUCCGGUUUAUCUUGGAAACCGAUUCUAACCGCGUGGCUAAACAAGCGAUCGAAAACGGAAAGUGACGUCAUUGGAAAAUACUUCUACGACACUUUCGAACAUAUUUAUAUUUGGACCAGUCGCAAUUUGUCUUUUAAAACCAUAAUUACCGAAUACAACGUCAUAACUCAGGCAAUAACAUUACUAGAAGGAAUGCUGAUGCAAGAAUACAAAAGCGAACGGAUAGAAACUACGUGGAAUAAAUUAUAUAUUUUUUCUUUAAUGUGGAGUGUGGGUGCCGUAAUGGAAGCCGAUUAUCGUCGACAAUUGGAAUUGUACAUUCGAUCCAAUUUCUCGUCCUUUCUUCAUCUUCCUCCCGAAGAUGGUUCGUCCAUGUUCGAUUAUUGGAUAGACGAAUCAGGAACGUGGCAACUCUGGGAAAGCCGAAUGAACGGCGUUACCGACGAACUACAUUGGCUGGAUUACGACACUUUUCUCGUUCCCUGCGUGGACAGCGUCAGAAAGGACUACCUGACGGACGUGGCUAUAGAAGGAGGUCGGAGGGCGAUGCUGGUGGGCGAGGCGGGAACUGCCAAAACCACCGCCGUUCGAGCGUAUCUGCAGAAACGACGGACCGAAAGACGACGCGAAGAAAUCUUCGCUUUCUCCUUCGCCACCACACCCGAUAAGUUUCAGAAGAGAGUGGAGAGUCUGCUGGAGAAGAGGACUGGAAAUACUUUGGGACCAGGAGGAGGAAAGACGUUGACCAUCUUUGUCGACGACAUCCAUGCGCCCGGUCAGGACAACUGGGGCCACCAGGCUGUCAACGAGAUUCUUCGACAGACGAUCGAAUCCGGAGGCUUCUAUAGUCUAGAUCGUCCGGGAGACUUCCUCCGAUUAGUCGACGUGGGAUUCUUGGCCGCUUCACGAAGCUGUGGCGUGACGCCUCGACUGCUGAGACACUUCCUCCUCUUCGAUUGUGUUCAACCCACCGACGACUGCCUGGAUCGCGUUUUCGGUGCAGUGGCGCAUUCCCACUUCAAUUCCGGGAAUGGCUUCUCUUCGGAGGUUCGACAGUUGGCGGAACGACUGGUAUCCCCAACGCGAGCACUCUGGAGGGAAAUGAAGGAUCGAAUCGCUCCAGUUCCCGGCUAUUUUUUCCGCUCUUUGGAACCGGGAGACCUUAGUCGAGUGUGGAAGGGAAUGGUUGAAGCCCGGUCGCGGGUGGUGACCGACGGCGGAGUUCUACUUCGUCUGUGGACACACGAGUGUCGUCGAGUACUGGUCGACGGAAUCUCUGUGAUUCCGAACCUGUUCAACCGAGAAGAGAAAUCGGAAAUUGUCCAAGAGGUGUCUUCAUCUCUGAAGCGAGACCAAUUGCGGAAUCCGGCCAGUUCGGAUACCGUCUUCGACCAUUUCCUGUCCAGAGCCAGAAGAAAUCUGCACGUUGUACUUCGUUUCUCACCGGCGGGAGAGAAAUUGCGCCGUUACGCCUCUCGAUAUCCAAAAAUCAUCUCGGCGUGUUCCGUUGUCGGAUUCCGGCCUUGGCCCCAUAGCGCCCUGAAGGUGGUGGCCCUGGAACGUCUAGACGGUUUCGACCCUCCUCUUUCGGAAGAUGCGCGACCCCGAUUGGCGGAGGUCCUGGGUGGAAUCCAUCGAGUGACGGAAAGCCUCUGCGCUCGUUACCUGGAAAGGAGUGGUCGAACCGUACACGUGACGCCCCGUUCCUUUCUGAGCUUCUUAUCCGACUAUCGACGUCUCUACCGUCUUAAACGAGGAGAGGUGGAUUCGGCAGCUGAUCGGACCCGGCGGGGAGUGGCCAAGCUGGAAGAGGCGUCUGUCUCUACCGAAGAACUGAAACGGAAUCUGGCGAGGACGGAGGAAGAGUUGCUGGUGACCACUCGAGAGUCGUUGGAGGUGCUGGCUCGAGUGACAGAACGCACCCGGGCGGCUGAAGAAGUGAAGGAAGAGGCCCGUCGAAUGAGGGAGGAGCUGAAGUCUCUGGUGGACGGAAUUGGCAUCGACAAAGCCAUUGCCGAAGAGAAGUUAGAAGAAGCGGGACCGGCCCUGCGAGAAGCGGAAGCCGCUCUGGAUACCGUUCGCCCCACCCAUAUAGCCUCAGUGAGAAAACUGAGUCAUCCUCCUCAUCUUGUUAUGAGAAUCAUGGACUGCGUUUUGAUACUGUUCCAUCGAAGAUUACUUCCGGUGACGAUAGAUACCGAACAUCACUGCGUCGUUCCGUCCUGGGAGGAAUCGCUCAAGUUCAUGUCGAGUACGAGUUUCCUACAGAAUCUGCAGAACUUCGACAAAGACAGCAUCGACGACGAGACGAUAGAGCUACUGGCUCCUUACUUCCAAAAGAAAGAUUAUAACAUGAACACUGCCAGGAGGGUUUGCGGCGACGUGGCAGGUCUUCUGUCCUGGACCAAAGCCAUGGCUUUCUUUUAUGGCAUAAACAAAGAAGUCAUACCAUUGAAGGCCAACGUGCAGAUUCAGGAGGAGAGAUUGCAAGUAGCCACCGAAGAACUAAACCGAGUCGAAGCCGAUCUGCAAGAAAAGGAGAAGAAGUUGAGCGAAGUGAGAGCGCAGUACGAAGCGGCUCUAGCCGAAAAGAGGAGACUGGCCGAUCGAGCGGAAGAAUGUCGUCGAAAAGCGUCCACCGCCUCCGUUCUCCUUUCCGAGUUGGCGGGAGAAUUUGAGCGUUGGUCGCUGCAGAGCGAACAAUUCCGAGAUCGCAUCAACAGAGUGGCGGGAGACUCGUUGUUGGCCACGGCCUUUCUUUCCUAUUCGGGACCCUUCGACCGGAUCUUUCGAUNUGCUCUGGAAGAGGAAAGACGGAGAGUGACGGAAGAGACGGCCGAUAACGCCGUAAAGAUAAGAAAAUUAGAGGACGAUCUUCUGGGACGUCUGGCCUCCGUAAAGGGUUCGUUGCUGGACGACGACUGUCUCAUCGGAGUGUUGCGGGACGCCCGGAAGACGUCGCGGCGCGUGUCGGAAAAUCUGGCCGCUGCCGAGGAUACCCGGAAAAAGAUCGACCGGGCCAGAGAGGAAUUUCGUCCGGCAGCCGCCAGAGGCUCCCUGCUUUACUUCCUGUCCGAGGAAAUGGGACGGAUCCUCUUCGCCUAUCGGAUGUCUCUCGACCGCUUUCUACGACUGUUCGACCUGUCGCUCCUUCGGUCCGAGAAAGACGCCUCCACCCCCCAAAGGGUGACCAACGUCGUUCGCUGCCUGACCCUUCAGGUUUACCGGUUUUCGGUUCGAAGUUAUUUCGAACGUCAUAAGUUCCGGUACUCUUUCCUUUUGGCCCUGAAGGUAGCUUCCACCCGAGCAGAAAUCUCACCGGAGGAAUUAGCCCUUUUCGUCCGAGGGGGAGAAACUUCGGACUCCUACGGCCUGCCGGCCCAACUCGGCGACUGGAUUCCCGAAAACUCUCGGAGCCACCUGGCGCGUCUGACUCGACUGCCGGGGUUCGAAGACCUGACCUUUCAGAUAGGGCGAGAAGAAGAGGCGUGGCGCCGUUGGUGGCGGAAGGAAAAGCCCGAGGAGGAGGAGACACCCGACGAUCGACUCCGAAAGAGAAGCGACUUUCAGAAGUUACUGCUGGUCCGCUGUCUUCGUCCCGACCGCACUCCCGACCGGGCCCGAAUCUUCGUCUCGGACGUUCUGGGCAAAGAGUACGUGGAAGGAGUCGCCUUAAACCUGGAAUCGACCUGGGCCGAGUCGGAUCCGACUACUCCGCUUCUUUGUUUGCUGUCGACCGGUGCCGAUCCCACAUCUCAGAUCGAGGAAUUAGCCAAGAAACUCAAGUUAGAAUGUAGGCAAUUAUCCAUGGGACAAGGACAAGAGGCGCACGCUCGACGUUUGCUGAGGGACUGCGUGGUCGAAGGACGUUGGUUACUGCUGCAGAACUGUCAUCUGAAUAUUCCAUUUAGUGAGGAAAUAUCAAAUAUCUUGGAAGAAAUAGGAAUUCCUCAUACUCGUUUCCGGUUGUGGAUGACCACGGAAGUCCACCCGCAAUUUCCUCUUAACAUCUUGCGAGCUUCAAUCAAGUUUACCAACGAGCCUCCGGGAGGCAUCAAGGCUUGCAUGAAACGUCUCUUGGCUAAUCUACCCGACGACACGAUCAAAGACGGAGAAAUUCCCUCCUGGAACCGGAUUGUGUUUGCCGCCGCUUUCUUCCACGCCUCGAUACUGGAACGGCGCAAAUUCGGACCCUCCGGCUGGAAUGUUCCUUACGAAUUCGAUCGGGCCGACUUCGUGGCUUCCGUCCAGUUUCUACAGAAACAACUGGAAGACUCGGACCCCCAACAGGAGAUCUGCUGGAAGUCGGUGGCGUACGUAAUAGGACAAGUACACUACGGGGGGAGAAUUACCGAUGAUUUUGAUCGUCGAUUGCUCAUCACCUACACCGAGGAGUGGUUUCGUCCUUGGCUUCUUAGGCCGGACACUCUGUUUCGUUCCGGCUAUUCUCUUCCUUCCGACGGAUGUCGAGAAGAAAUGCAGCGCACGCUCGAGGCAUUGCCCGACGUUGACACUCCGGAUGUCUUUGGGUUAGAUGCCAACGUCGAUGUUGCGUAUCGGACGCGAGAGGCUCGAGCGCUCUUCGACGCCGUUGGAGGGAUUCGGCUCCCGAACUAUCGCGCGGGACAAGAAGAGAACCGUGAAGAAGAAAUCCGCCGACGAGCCGAGGAGAUUCUGAACCGAUUACCUGUUGAUUACCCACCCGAGACGGCGUCAGAUUUUUCCGUCCAUCGCCUUUCGCCCAUCCGACUCUUUCUGCGCAGGGAGGUAGACCGGAUGACGCUUCUGUUGAGGAUUGUACGAGUCGACCUUCGACGAAUAGGAUCGUCUGUUCCGGAAGAUCUGCGGUCUCUCUUCGUUCAUCGAACGCCCGUCUCCUGGAAAACGAUAUCUUGGGAAACGGAUGCCCUGGGGUCGUGGUUGGUGGAAUUGGAGGAACGAGAUCGACAAUAUCGGAACUGGUUGACGGGGAAAAAGCCAAAAGUCUUUUGGUUUCCGGGAUUUUUCCACCCCCGAGGUCUACUUACUUCUAUCAGACAGGAGACGUGCCGGUCGCACCCGGGAUGGGCCUUGGACGCCACCAUUCAGAGGAACGAAAUCACCCGUAUGGAUCCCGAAGAAGUAACGGAAGCGGCUACGGACGGCGCCUAUGUCUGCGGACUGUACCUGGAAGGUGCCAGUUGGAACCGAGAAACUAACCGCCUGGCCGAUUCGCUGGCCGGGGUGCUUUUUUUUCCUCUUCCCGUCGUCCGGGUAUUCGCCACGGAGGGAGAAGAACGAGAAGAAGAUCCCGGACUAUACGAGUGUCCCGUCUAUCUUCACCCAGAACGGACUCGCUCAUCCUUAGUCGGAACCUUGGAUUUGACCUCCGAUCGUAAGAUCUCUCGCUGGAUCCUGAGAGGUGUGGCCUCGCUCUGCCGUACUAAUCAGUAAUAUAUCCUACUUCCCUCAAACGGCUGGCGAGGUUUUCGACACCGAAGAAGGGAAAAGACUCGUUGGAUUAGAUUAGUCGAAGCUCUAAGCUCUUUUAGACGUUACUUCGGCCCCGUCUUUUUAUACAUCCCCUUCUAGAAGUACCAAGAGAAAGGAGGCCUUGACUCCGAGUAAUUCCAUUAAACGAUAAUGAACUAUUGAUUUUUGUAAAAUUUGUACAAAUUGCGUAGAAAAAGAAAACAAUUUAAGAUUAAUAUUGUGGGAUAUUUUAGGAGCGAAGAAUAUAUAAACGAAAUUCCGUUUAGAAAAUGGGAAAAUGGCGACUUUCCUACGUAAUUGCAUUUUAUGACCCACGACUCCAUCUUUGCGUUUUCAUGCAAUGGCCUAAGAAAAACGUUGCUUACCCCAAUAGAGAGAAAUACAAUAAAAUACAUCACGAAGAAACAUAAACAAAGUACCAAAACGACAGAUUAUCUGUUUACAGGUGUCUAUUGUUUUUGUACUUUGUUUUGUUACUAUAGACCUAUCUGUUUAUCUAGAGUUUGAUAUUUAUUCCAUUGUAAAAACUGUAUAAUCGAGUAUUUCGGAAUAAAAUCUAUAAAAGUCCGAUCGUCGAGAGAAUAAUAAACUGAUAUUUAGUCGUUAAAACUAGAAUUGUUACUAGUGUGGUAAGGAUUUAUAUAAAAUAAAAAAUUAACCAGUUCCUGGCUAGUUUACUAUACGUAGUAAAUGAUGUUACGGAACCUCCGUGUUUAU